UCCCCGCGGCGGAGGGGGAGCCCUGCGCGCCGGCUCCCGCUCAGUGUCCCGGGGCCGCGGACACCGCCUGGCACACGGCCGGCCCAUGGGGUUUCUACCUUGGUGAAGGUAUAUUGCACAGGUGUUCACUUGAGGGCUGCUUUUAGGAUGUCUGAAGAUGAAGAAAAGGUUAAACUCCGUCGAAUUGAACCUGCAAUUCAGAAAUUCAUUAAAGUGGCAAUUCCAACAGAUUUGGAAAGGUUAAGAAAACACCAAAUAAAUAUUGAGAAGUAUCAGAGAUGCAGGCUCUGGGACAGGUUGCACGAAGAGCACAUCAACGCAGGACGAACAGUUCAGCAACUCCGUGCCAAUAUAAGAGAGAUGGAGAAACUCUGUUUGCGAGUCCGACAGGAAGACAUCCCAGCUCUGCAGAGAAUGAUAAAUCCUGUUAAAGAGGAAGCUUCAUUUGCCAUUAAAGACUUCCUGCAGCUGCAUUCUGAAUCUGCAGAAGAACUUAGAAGGCAACUUGAAGGACAGGAGGAUGCCUCUUUAACCAGAUCUGCAACUGUAGGAGGAGAAACUUUAUAUAACAUGGAAGUGAAGGACGGCUCCCAAAGUUUAAUCCAGAUCUACUCCCGCCUUCCGGAAAUACCUCAAGAAGAAAAUGCAGCCGAAUCCUGGGAAAGUUUAGAAGGGGACUUGAUUGAGCUCAGCCAGUUGGUGACUGAUUUUUCUCUCUUAGUCAGCUCUCAGCAGGAGAAGAUUGACAGGAUUGAAGACCAUGUCAACAGUGCUGCUGCGAAUGUUGAAGAGGGAACCAAAAACUUGGGGAAGGCUGCAAAAUACAAGCUGGCAGCUCUGCCUGUGGCAGGUGCAGUCAUUGGUGGAGUAGUGGGGGGUCCCAUUGGUCUCCUUGCAGGCUUCAAAGUGGCAGGAAUUGCAGCUGCACUUGGCGGUGGGAUUUUGGGCUUCACAGGUGGAAAAUUGAUACAAAGAAAAAAACAAAAAAUGAUUGAGCAGGUCUCUUCCAGCUGUCCAGAGCUUUCUCACCAAAGUGCCAAAAAAUCCAGCUGAAGUAUCAAUUCAUUAUGGCCAGGAAGAAGCGUAGUAGCCGUGCUAAUGACAGACUUGCAGCCUUAUGCUUUAAAAACAAGGCUGAGUUGUGUGAAUUUUGAUGACAUUACUGUUCCUUGGGAGGGCUGAAACAGUCAUGUCAGAAUUUCUCUUUUCAGACAUGGUGACAUCAGUCCUUUGAAAAUUAUAUGGAUAACUUUUAAUUAUAAAAUUCUUAAGUGAGCUAUAUGCACAGCUGCAAUGAUGGGUGACUGGUGCUUCAUGCCAAAUUUGCACAAACCGUCUUGCAGACAGUAUAAAGAGAGAUACUUGGAAAACCCUAGUGCUUUCCCAUGAAUGCCAUGAGAAGCUGGAGCUUUUAUGGUAGUGCUCCAAAAGAAAGGAAAUAAAUGCCAUCAGUCUUUCAUGGUUAUUUUAAAUUUACUUUCACUUAUCUGGAUUCCCAAACUCUUCCUGUGUACAUCCCUAGGAUAUGACCGACUGUGUGUGUUUAGUAAUGCACAGGGAAGUGGCAGCUGUCAUAAGAGAAGGUGAAAAUCUUGGGUGAGCAAUGUGGAAAAAAGUCAUGUAUAUCAUGUAUCACAUAUAUCACAUCUGCCUCCAUCAGCCAUAUCAGAUCAGCAUCAGAACCAGCUUUUCCUCUUCUUCAGGUACCUUUUUUUUUUAAAUUUGUGAACUCCUCACCUUCCUCAAAGUGUAGUUAUGAAUUAAACAGUCUAAGCAGCAACCCUGCAGGACUGCUACUGGAGGAUAAUAAUUUUCCAUAGUUGUUCAGCUCCUUGGCUUGUCCUGAGAACACCAUACAGGGUGAAGAGCCAAGCUCUGGCAUUCUGAACUUAAAGCCUCACCUUGCUUAAGCAGCAAGAUGUUGCCCUUGCUUCUCGUCUCCUGGCACCAACAGCACUCUGGUGGGAGAGCUGAACAGCUUCCCUGGAAGGCAGUGCUGCAGCCAGGCCUACUCCCUCAAUAGUCUGUUAUUCCCUCAAGGGUGACCUUAGGCACCAGGUCAGCGGCCGGUGAGGCAGCGAGGCCCCUUGCACGGUGGCAGUGCCGGCUGCAUCCCCAGAGGAUGGGACUGUCGAAAACAUCAACACGAUACUGUUUACCACGUAAACCACGGGUGUUUGGGGCAGCUGCAUACCUCUUGCAUACGGUGCCAAAACAGCUGUUUCCACCCUCACUGUAGAGUAACUGCUGAGCCUUUUCAAGAUUUUGGGACAUGCUGUGGAGCCUGUUAUGGGGUGAGAUGCUGCUUCUGCUGGCUUUUUAUAGUGGAUACUUAUCUUACCACCCUUAAGAAGCCUGUUGCUGCUGAAGCUUCCAUUGUUAAAUACAGAAGUGUUAACGUGUUUUUAUUGUCACCUACUUGUACUAUUGUCACAUAAUCUACUGUUUGCCACUUUCAGGACAGUUCCCAGACUAAUGCUGCUACUGUUUACGGGGAACAGAAAUUGAGGUUUGGAAGCCAUUUUUUAAAGUUCUUAGAUUGGUCAAUUCAUCCUGAGCUCUGCUUGAGUUCAGUUUUAUUUAGGUGCACACUGAAGUCAGUGUUUAGAUAAGGCUCCCUAGCAGGGAACACUGUCCAAGGAAGCAUCCUAUAGAAACAGCUCCUUGUCGAUAACCACUACUUUGGUAUCAUCACUGGAAAUCACUGUCUGCUAAUGACAGAUGAUGGGUUUUUGUGCCUAGAGACAUUGUAAGCAACUGUUAGUUACAGCACAAAUAACUUCUGAGCAGUUCUUCCUUAUUGCUUUUAAAAUACUGAAAUUGCUAUAAGCCAGAACAUUACAUCUGUUUUAAGUAGGUCUGAGGCCCAGGGAAGCAAUGUGUGCAAGAACAGUUUUCACCAGUAUUUGCAGACAUUGUCAAAACUGCAUUUGCUAAAGCCACGGUAAAAAUCAGCUGGAGUGCAAAACAUGACCCAAGUAAUUCAGCUCAUUUGCUCCUGACCGGCAAAAAGCACUUUUCUUUAAAUGCAUCUACUUUGGCUGUAAACAGAGUUAGUGAGCGUGUAACAACUUCAUAGGCUGUUCAUUCCUUCGAUAUUUAUUUUCUACAUUUAAAGGAAUACAUUAAGAAAAAAAAAGUGUUUUUAAUCAAAAACUGUGGUUGAUUCUUUGUAUGAUUUUAAACUGCUGUAUCUGCUUUCCUAUCAUAUGCUGUGAAACCUCCUGCAUUUAAAUGACAGCAGCCACAUCAGCGAUCUUGCGGACUCCAUCCUCUCCCCCCACGCUGGAUUAAUGCCAGGACAAUCUAAAUUCCUAAGACUGAAUUCCUACCCCAGCUUAUACAAAUUCAGCCUGAUAUGCACUCAGUUUAUGAAAUGUCUAGCAGGAGAACUAUUCUUCCCCCUUGCGUUUUUAAGGAAGCAAUUUCAAAGCAUUGUGUACACACUAGAUGUGGGAGUCUAUUAUUUAGGCUACGAUUUUUUAAAAUAGGUGUUAUUUACAUAAGUGAAGAAACAUCAGCAUCUGAGUAACCAAACUAGCAUUUAAAUUGCUAGGCAUGUUAACCAGAAAAAUUUUAAGAUAUAAAUAACUCUUUCAGACCAAAUAAAAGUUUUUUGCUAUGAGACUGGCUGUAACAUUUACUGAGAACGUUGGGGCUUAUUUCCUUUCAGCGUGUAAAAGAUGAAUCCCUCCCAAAUUUUAUAUUAUUAAAACAAUUGCACUACCAAGA